AUAAAAAUGAAUGCCAAGAAUAAUAAGUUAAAUUUCAUCCGUUUAGGCAGGAUUUUAGAGUUAUCAUUAUACCCGUCUUUGGUUCGCGUGCUUAGCGAGGCACACAAGGCGGACGCUAUAAGUUAUAAUCAUAAGUUUCGCAAAAUUUUCAUGAAUAGACUAGCUGAAGAUCUAUGGUAUAAUAAUCCAUUAUAUCCAGAACGCGAAAGGACAUUGGUUUGUAGCAUGCCAUUUACUGCGGUUAGUAAUGACUUGUUACGAACACCAUCUAUAUUUUCUUGGGGUAUAUCACGAGAUCAAGCGGCUAUUAUUAUACAGUCAGCGUAUCGUGCACACAUAGUCCGGAUACAGCCUGACGUGGCGGAAAUGAGGGCUUUUUGGCGAGCAUUGACGACCAAAGGCCGCAAGUAGACGUGUUGAACUGUUGAAGUAGUUGCUUUUGUCAACUACUCCAAUCAAAAAGAAUGAAUUUAACUGUAAAUUUAUUUUUUUUUUUAGCUAUUAUGUUUUGUACACAUAACGCAUCAAUGUUCUCGAAUUUUCGAAUCAUUACCGUCGACAUGCAAAUAAAAUAUCUCCC